UGGUAACUGCAGCUGCCCGUACAUGUACCUCGACCAGUGCACUUGUUGCUCCCAAUUCACUCGAUUUUGAAGUCACCAUAUCCUCAACAAACAGCACAAGUAACCGAUGCCGCACAAAACGAUGGACGACCAGGCCCGGAUGGCCUACGAAGACCAAUCCCUGCAAUUGCGGGCUGAUCUCAAGCAAUGGGAAGGGGACUGGGCGGUUGCACACGCGGGAAAGAAGCCGGGCCGCGAAGACAUCAAACACAAUCCCGACAUUGUCCAGAAAUACAAACAGUACAAUAAGAUUCGGGACAUACUCGCAGGCAAGAUCCCGCCCCCCCCGUCGGGUCCCGUCGAAGCCACCCGCGGGCACCAGCAGCACCAGCAGCAACGCAAACGGACCCAGUCCGAUGCCGCCUUUCCUCCGCAAACGCCCUCCAAGAGGUCUAAGCCUGACCAGACACUACAAAAUGCCCACCAUUCCCACCCUGAGGACAUGCCCGCCGUUACUCUCACCCCUUCCGCAGCCCACGUUGGCACCCCGUCCUCAAACCGGACAUCUUCCACCCCCCUAGCCGCUGUCCCAACAUCCAUCAGCCCAACACCACAAAGAGACGGCCGCGUUCUCGGCAUCUUCGACCUCCUCGGCCGCACCCCCUCGCGGUCCAGCUCAGCUGCCACAAAAGCCAACACCCUCCCUAUUGCAGCAACCCCCAGCAAGCAACGCACAACAAACCUCCUCCCCACAACCACAACAACAACGUCAAGAACAAUCACAACCACCCCAACAACCGCCCGCUUCACCGCCACCACACCACAGUCCAAACGCACCACCGCCCAACGCCUCUUCCAGCCCUCCACCUCCACCACGACACCCCACCGCCGCCGCCGCCGCGGUAGCAGGGGUAGUGUCACCGAUGAGGACGGUGGCAAGGAAAACAACACCACCAUCACGCCCUUCAAGACCCCCUCCACCCACCGCAUCUCCAAAGCAAGACCCAACAACACCACUGCCGCAACCCCCACCAGCUCCACGCCCUCCUUCCUGCGGCGCCGCGCCGUCUCUAUGGGCACCGCGGCAGGCACUGCUGGGCUGGCGCGCGUGGAUGAGCAGGAUGAGCGCGGUGGUGGUGGUGGGGCGGGGCAAGACGGGGAGGAUGGGGACGAGGAUAAGGAUGGGGAUGGGGGGUGGGGGAGGGUUGGCCCGCUGAGGCUGCCACGCAAGCUGGGAGGUCUUGGGCGCAGUUUGAGCAGCGUUGUUGCGGGGCUGAGGAAGAUGGAGGAUGAGGCGUUUGGGGAGGAGGAGGAUGUCUUGAGGGAGAUGGAGAUGGAGAUGGAAAUGCCGAGGGAGGGUGGUGGUGCUGGCGCCGGCGGCGCUGGGAUGGGGAAGAAAGCUGUGGCGGAAGAGGUCGAGGUUGGGGACAGUCAAGCGCCACCUCAAUUGGGCCGUGACCCGCCUGGCAAGGCAACACAACAAGGGGACGAGACGGCUGGGGAGGCACCCGGAGGCUUGCUUUCCGGCUUCGACGAGGAGGCUCUCUACGACAGCCUGGACGAAGAGAAGCAAAAACAGCCUCUCCGCCAGUUCAAGAAACGCGGCCAGAAGCGCAGCACCCGCCUCGUCAACAUGCGGCCGACCCGCGCCAGGCGGCCCGCCCAGACCGGGGGUGAACCCGGCGGCGAAGAAGAGGAGGAAGACAUCGACCUAGUCCCUGAAACACAAUUCAACGCUUCCAAACCCACCACCACCACGGCAGGCGGGGACGCCGACAACCUGCGCCUCUCAGACUUUGACUCCGCGUCGGAAGCCGACUUCGUUGCUUCCGACUCGGAUGAGCAGGAGGACGGACACGUCAAGGCCAAGGCAAAGAAGCCGAAAGCGCCCGCCGCCAACGACAAGAAGGCCAAGAGCGGCGCCGAGCCCAAGGGCGAGGGCGUCGUCAAGAGGGCGGUGCGCAAGGUCAAGGCGACGGCGCACGCCAACUUCAAGCGCCUCAAGCUGCGGAACGCGGGGUCCAAAGGCGGGCCGGGACACAACAGUCGGUUCAGGAGGAGGCGGUGAAUGGGUGGAUGGGGGUUGGACGUCCUAUAUACCGGUG